CAAUACAAAGUAGAUAAGCUUUUAUAAUAGCUUACAACAAGUCAGACAAUAGAAAUCAACUCUAACGAUUGAUAGCUAAUUGGCUAUCCGCCUGCUAGCGAGAGAGAGAGAGAGAGAGAGAGAGAGAGAGGGAGGAGAUGAUGAAGCUGAAAGUAUAUGCAGAUCGAAUGUCCCAGCCUUCACGGGCAGUUAUCAUCUUUUGCAAGGUAAACGGGAUAGACUUUGAGGAGGUCAGAAUAGAUGUAAGCAAGCGCCAGCAGUUAUCUCCUGAAUUCAAAGAAAUAAACCCUAUGGGAAAAGUGCCAGCUAUAGUUGAUGGACGAUUCAAGCUGUUUGAAAGCCAUGCAAUCCUUAUCUAUCUUGCUUGUGUGUUUCCUGGAGUUGCUGAUCAUUGGUAUCCGGCUGAUCUUUUCAAGAGAGUUAAGAUUCAAUCAGUGUUGGAUUGGCACCACUCUAAUUUACGCCGGGGAGCAGCUACAUAUGUUUUCAAUACUACACUGGCACCUGCAUCUGGCCUACCUCUGAAUCCACAAGCUGCUGCUGAAGCUGAGAAAGUUCUCUCUUCAUCCCUGUCAAAGAUAGAAUCCUUUUGGCUCAAGGGAAGUGGACGAUUUUUGCUAGGUGGCAAUCAACCAACUAUAGCAGAUCUAAGCCUUGUCUGUGAAAUAAUGCAACUGGAGGUUUUGGAUGAAUAUGAUCGCAGUCGAAUAAUUGCUCCAUAUAAGAAAGUUCAGCAAUGGAUUGAGGACACAAGACAGGCAACAAGGCCUCACUUUGAUGAAGUGCAUAAAAUCCUAUUUAAAGCCAAAGCAAGACUGCAAAAGCAGCGGUCAGUGGGGGAAAACAUUGAGACUCAAUCAAGCUUCAAAACAACAUUGACCUCAAAGAUGUAAAAAUUGUUUGACGUUUAUGUUUGCCCAAAUAAGUGUAUGAAGUAUUUCUGGGUUUGUCUUGUAUGGGCUCAAGCCCAGAAUACCCAAUGAAUUAGGACACAAUGUUACUCACGGUUGCAAUAAAUAGACAUGCUAGUUAUAAAUUAUAGCAAUUUUCUUCAA